CUGCAAACAAGCGCGAGGCAUGCAACACGACAUACAAUAUCACGAAAUCCAGGUCCAGCCAGCCACCUCACAGCCCCGGAGCGGGGCUGGUGUGGGGCAUAGAAGGCCCGCGGCUGACGAAGUCCUCAGGAAACGCGCUGGCCCUCCGUGGCCCUCUGGCGGCCGCCGCGCGCUGUACACGACUCGCCACUUGAAACGCGUUGUGCUUCAUCAGCUCGACGGAAAGAAGCUGGCUCCAAUGGUUGACGAUGCUCUCUCUAAAAGCUGUGUCCUCCUCCGUGGGAAUGGAUGUGGGGCGAGGCUUUCGCUUGGCGAGCAUCUUGAGAAAGUCCAUGGUCUUCUCUCCCCAUCGGCCGAAUGUCUCCGCAGCGAGAGGCACAAAGCGGAAGCCGGCUGCUUGGGCGGUUGGUCCAUACUUGUCGAUCUUGUCUUUCUCCGCAAGCUGAGCCGCCUUGCCACCAGGAAGCUCUGCGCCACGCCGGUUGACUGUUCGGUGGAAGGGAAUGGGGGAGUUGUCAGGGCGGCAGGGGUGCACUUUACAAUCCGCCUUCUCCCAAGGCCUGAGGGGGCGUUUUUCUCAAACAAAGAGAAGCUAUGAACUAGCUCUUCCCUGCUUUGUGCUCAUCCGUAAGUGCAAGGACAUCGUCGAUUGUGCGCAUGCUGUUUGCAGACCUGUAGUUGGAUAGCCUAUGUGUAUGUAGUGAAUGAUCCUCUCCGCACGCCUGUGCAUACUUGCAGUUGUUCCUUCUCUGCAUACGUCUGCGCACACCUAUUGCCAGAGAGCAAGACGAACCACUUCCG